AUGCAUAUCGCAUUUGCAGUAUUUUUUCUAUUAAUUGCUCAUGUUGUUAGUUAUCCAUCAUUACGUGAAGUUGCAACAAAUGAUGAAGAAAGUGAAGAUGAUUUUGAAUUAGAACUUCGUUCGAUUUUAAAUCAUCUUGAUAAUGAACAAAUGGAACGAUCCGUUGCAUCAGAUGAAGAUACUCAAGAAGACGAUUCUGAUCAAGAUAAACCUGCGAUGAACAAACGACAAGGUGGUUAUAAUGUAAUUGAUCAAGAUCUUAAAUGUGAAAUCGAAUGUGUCGAUAAAUUACGAAAUCCCCAAACUGGUCAAGGAAUCUCAAUUAGAGAUGCAGCUAAAGCUUGUAAAAAUAUCUGUGGUUAUGGAAUCAAAAAACGUGAACAGAAAAAAACCAUUGCACAACAAAAAGAACAACCUGAUCAAAAGACUUUACGUGAACUUACUGAUGAUGAUAGUAGCAGCAGCAAUAAAGAACAACAAAAACAACAACUUCGAGAAUUGUCUAAUUAUCUUAUGAAACAAUUCCAACUUAAUGACAAUGAAUAG